AUGCGUGCAUCAACGCUUUCCCUUUCUCUCAGUCUCGUCGCCGUGGCCCUGCUGCUACAGGCGACAACGACGCUGGCGAGUCCUAUCGGGGUACGCGUCCAGCAACGAUCCUCACCAUCCUCUGGCCAGGCUCUGGUGUACGCGCUGCAGAAUGUAGGGCUUAACAAGCUCGGGGAGGCGCUGCAGGCGAAUAUGGAGGUCGCCGACGCGAUCGUCGCGGAUCCCGGUGCAAAACUGUUCCUUGCGCCUGUUGACCAGGCGAUGAGCGCUCUCCCGCAAUGGGUGACGUCUAACCCCGUGAUUCUGCAAGCGACGCUGCUGCAGCACGUCCUGAGCGGUAGCAUUCCCAUGCCCUUGCCAUCAGCACACAAAGAUGGCGUCCAUCACUCGGUCGCAUACAGCUUGCUCACCGAUACGCGCUUCGCCAACCAACCCGGCGGAAACGGGUUGCCGGUAGUUCUUUCGCAGCAGUCCAAGCGCGGCGCCGACAGGAUGGUAAUUGUCGAAGCGCUCGACGAAUGCCCGUUCGCCGACUACUCUGCAUCAGCAGCGAAAACUAGCUCGUUCUACGACGUGCAGAUCGCACCCAUCGCGCGCGCCAUGACCGUGCCAGGAAACACGACGUUCACGCUCGACUUUAUCCGCUCCCACUCGCUCUUCCUGCAGGCAGCACAGCGAUACGCGCCCGAACUCGUCAGCAAAUUCGACCAAAUGCCAGGCGUCACGGUCUUCGCGCCUACCGAUGAAGCGUGGCGCGCCUUCGCUGCGUCCGCCGGCGAUGCAACGGACGACAGUGACAAACUGAAAGCGAUAUUGGGCCAGCACGUUGUCGAGCACCGCGCGAUCUUCAGUACCCUGCUCGAUUCACAAGGAUCCAUGACCACCUCGUCCGGCCAGCCAUUACUGUUCGACCGCGCGCAGAAUACCGUCCGUGUUGGCAGCAACACCGCUGCACGCAUCGUCCAGAGCGACAUUAUCACCCGCAACGGCGUCAUCCACUCGAUCAACAGUGUGCUCAGCAACACACACGUCGACGCCGCUCGUGCGCACCAGGCAAGUCGAUCAGCGCGGGCGUCGAGCAACGGCCCUAUCGCAGGUCUCGUGACAGGUGAAAAUGCCGGUUCCUCUCAAGGUACCGCUGUGCCGAUUCCUGCCCGUGGCGUAGAUGGCGGGAAUGCAUUCAAGAAUGCUACACAGGCUGGCAACGGCGGUAUCAGUCGCUCGGCCGGUCUCCCUGGCGCUGCUGCAGCUUCAUCCAAUGACGCCAGCAGCAGUAAUGGCUCGUCCUCGUCGGCUUCGAGCGCAGGGACAAGUAGUUCGAAUGGCGACGAUGCCGACUCAAGUACCACGUACGACGGUAUGGACACAGGAACAGGCGGUGGCACGACGUUCAACUUUGGGCCAAACAGCAAGAACGCUGCGCGCGCUUCACUAGCAUCUAUGCCGCCUCCGCUGCUCUUCUACGCUGCUUCGGUGUUCCUCGCGGCUGCUAUUGGCCUUGUCUGCACCGUUUGA